GCUGCUUCUGGUCGUUUUCCCGCGCCUCGCAGGGCUUCUCCCAGUGGCGCUGCGGGUUCGGAGGGUCGGCCGGCAAGCACAGCAAAGUCAACAUCGAGGCAGCUGAGCUCCCAGAGGAAUGUCAAUCUGCCUGUCUUGAGGACUUGUCAAUGGCCUGUUUCUUAAAAGACAGAAGAAUGGAGGAAUCAGUGAACCAAAUGCAACCACUGAAUGAGAAGCAGAUAACCAAUUCCGAAGAUGGAUAUGUAUGGCAAGUCACUGAUAUGAAUCGACUACACCGGUUCUUAUGUUUUGGUUCUGAAGGUGGGACUUAUUAUAUCAAAGAACAAAAGUUGGGCCUUGAAAAUGCUGAAGCUUUAAUUAGAUUGAUUGAAGACGGCAGAGGAUGUGAAGUCAUACAGGAAAUAAAGUCAUUUAGUCAAGAAGGCAGAACGGCAAAGCAGGAGCCUAUGCUCUUCGCACUUGCCAUUUGUUCCCAGUGUUCCGACAUAAGCACAAAACAAGCGGCAUUCAAAGCUGUUUCUGAAGUUUGUCGCAUUCCUACACAUCUGUUUACUUUUAUCCAGUUUAAGAAAGAUCUAAAGGAAAGCAUGAAAUGUGGCAUGUGGGGCCGUGCCCUCCGGAAGGCUAUAGCAGACUGGUACAAUGAAAAGGGGGGCAUGGCCCUUGCUCUGGCAGUUACAAAGUAUAAACAAAGAAAUGGCUGGUCUCACAAAGAUCUAUUAAGAUUGUCACAUCUUAAACCUUCCAGUGAAGGACUUGCUAUUGUAACCAAAUAUAUUACAAAGGGCUGGAGAGAAGUCCAUGAAUUGUAUAAAGAAAAAGCACUUUCUGUGGAGACUGAAAAAUUAUUAAAGUAUCUGGAGGCUGUAGAGAAAGUGAAACGCACAAAAGAUGAACUGGAAGUCAUUCAUCUAAUAGAAGAGCAUAGAUUAGUUAGGGAACAUCUUCUAACAAAUCAUUUAAAGUCUAAAGAGGUAUGGAAGGCUUUGUUACAAGAAAUGCCUCUUACUGCAUUACUAAGGAAUCUAGGAAAGAUGACUGCUAAUUCAGUGCUUGAACCAGGAAAUUCAGAAGUAUCUUUAGUAUGUGAAAAACUGUGUAAUGAAAAGCUGUUAAAAAAGGCUCGCAUACAUCCAUUUCAUGUUUUAAUUGCAUCAGAAACUUAUAAAACAGGUCAUGGGCUCAGAGGAAAACUGAAGUGGCUCCCUGAUGAAGAAAUUUUGAAAGCUCUGGAUACUGCUUUUUAUAAAACAUUUAAGACAGUGGAGCCUACUGGAAAGCGUUUCUUGCUGGCUGUCGACGUCAGUGCAUCGAUGAACCAAAGAGUUUUGGGCAGUGUGCUCAACGCUAGCACAGUUGCAGCAGCAAUGUGUAUGGUUGUCACACGAACAGAAAAAGAUUCUUAUGUAGUUGCUUUUUCAGAUGAAAUGGUACCUUGUCCAGUGACUACAGAUAUGACAUUACAACAGGUUUUAAUGGCUAUGAAUCAGAUCCCAGCAGGUGGAACUGAUUGCUCUCUUCCAAUGAUCUGGGCUCAAAUGACAAACACAGCUGCUGAUGUCUUCAUUGUCUUCACUGAUAAUGAGACCUUUGCUGGAAGUGUCCAUCCUGCUGUUGCUCUGAGGGAGUAUCGAAAGAAAAUGGACAUUCCAGCUAAAUUGAUUGUUUGUGGAAUGACAUCAAAUGGUUUUACCAUUGCAGACCCAGAUGAUAGAGGCAUGUUGGAUAUGUGUGGCUUUGAUACCGGAGCUCUGGAUGUAAUUCGAAAUUUCACAUUAGAUGUGAUUUAACCAUAAGCACCAGCAUGAUCUAAGAGGUCCAUUGCCAUCAGUGAUCUCGCUAAAAAUAUGUAGCUACUUCCCAGCUGAUUUUACUUAAUCCAGUGAUGAUAAGAUGAUAGUAUAGGAUGUGGGUAUGUUACCAAAAAACAAAAACAAAAAGGAAGGAAAAAUAAGAUGAGCCCAAAGUUCUGUCUACUAAACUAGUUCUUGGGAAAUAGCUUCAGCAUACACUGUAGCUCCUUCUGUCUAACAGAGAACUUCUUAUUGAUAGAUACCAUAAAAUAGUCAAACAGU